GGGUUCCAGGCGGUUAGUGUUGUUCUCUCAGACUUUACCCAUCCAGCAUUACCCAGGCAUGUCUAGGGAAGAGCUUGUACUCUCCAUGGUCUCCUGCAACCUGGAGCCUCCUAUCUAUAGUGACUGGACAAUGAAAAACAACAAGGAAAAUGUAAAAUUGGAGAAAACGGUGGACAGGGCAUUAGAAGGAAGCUCUGGAGAUGAAUCCGAGGAGGUGGAACCCGAGCCCCCACCGGUAGCCGUACGAAGAAAGGUGUCAUUUGCGGAUGCCUUUGGUCUGGACCUGGUUUCUGUGAAGGAGUACGACAACCGGGAUUCAUCAAGGCUGGAUGCAGAUGGUAGAGAGGGUGAGGAGUACUACAUCUCAUGCCUCUUCAAUGUCCCAGUGUUGCACCAGGACAUGGAGGUGAGACUUCAGCAGCAGAAGCUGGAACUGGAGCGCAUCAAACUGCUCCCUGGAUCCACCACGAUCCGGGGCAUCGUUCGCGUGCUUAACCUCUGCUUCCACAAGGCCGUCUACAUCCGCGUCACUCUGGACGGCUGGCAGAGCCACUUCGACCUGCUGGCGGAGUACAUGCCUGGGUCCAGCGAUGGCGAGACUGACUGUUUCUCUUUCCACCUCGUGUUGACGCCUCCAUUCCAGGUCGAAGGGUUGCGGGUGGAGUUCUGUCUGAGGUACGAAAGUGCUGUUGGAACCUUCUGGGCCAACAAUGGAGGUACGAACUACAUUGUCUUCUGCCACCAAAGACGAAGAAGUGAUCUGAAAGAGAAAGAGAGUGAAAAGGAGAAGUUGGUAGAGGAGAGUAACCAAAAAAGUAUCAGGAGCUGCCUUAAAACAAUCAGUAAAAAGAACUACUCGGACGCGACACCUGCAGAGGCGAGUGGUGAGAUCUCAGAACAAGUCACACCCAAGGUCGGGCAUACUAGGGAGAACAAAACAAAGAAAGAAGCAGGAAUCAAUUCCUGCAAAUCCCUUAAGGACUGCUGCAAAACUCUGGUGGAUCGUCGUAGGAAACGUCAAGCUGCUCGUUUGGCUCGCGUGCAGGACUACUUCGCUCAGAAAGCAAUGGAAACCCAGAUGGGAUGUAAUUCCAACACAGAUGAAAGUAACACAUCCUUCCCAAAGCUGUCUAUACCAAGUAGAACUGACUUGCCAGUUGUCCACAGCCGACAAGGAUGCAGUAUGGACACGCCACCAAUACUAAUGUACCACCAGAUCCCUUUGCUUUCCCUGGAUUGGGGCAGUACCACAACAACACCGCCCCAAGCAAACCCUCCAGAUGCCUGCAGUAAAACAAGACAUCAGGUUGAAGAUCAGUCAGAAGUUUUAGUCCCAAUGGAGGACAAGGGAGCUGAGAAAGACCACAGUCAAGAGUCUCCUGACAGGAAAGCAAUGGAAACUGUAAAAUCUGUUCCCGUAGAGCAAUCAAAGGAUCUCAGCACGAGUCCUAGAGAUCAGGUUGUGGAUUACCAACUAGUGAAAGAGCCAAGGGUCACUACCCUACCAUGUUCUGCCCAGGGAUCGGAGCCAGAGAGAGCGGGAAGCGAGUUAGAGGCAUCUCGUGACCGCCAAGCCCCACAUCAAGAGCACACAAGCGGAUCUUUGAGUCAAGACACGACCAAAGCAAACCCUGGGGACGAAACUCGAACCGCACGUGACACCGAGACUCAGAAUUCAGAAGCCGGAGAUGGAAUCUCACCUGAAGAAUGCACAGGCAGCUCCGACACCUCAAAGGUUAAAGAAAACACACAGAGAGCGGUCAAAGACACCCUGACAUUUACGGGGAUCAUGGACGUGCCACUCACAAAUAGACAGGCCGAGGGAUCUUCUUCAGAAAGGAAGGAUAUAAAUAAAGAUGCUAGCGAGGAGCAGGUGGAAAUGAGGGCGUUCUGUAGAGAACUACAUGAAAAGGACACGGAAAGCAGUAGAAAAGGACAAGAUGAGACAACUACGGACCGCAGCGCAGAAAUACAGAGCGUUUCAUCGUGUGAGAGCGAGGCAUUUAAUGAGAACGAAUUAUGCACGUCGAAGUGUUUUAACAAAGACAAUUCAGAGCUACUGAAAAACGAAGAGAGGCGUUUUGAGACAAACAAAGGACUUAAAAUGAAGGAGCGACUGAAUGAGACGACUAUAGAAGCUGCUAGUGUUGAAGAGGAUGAAAUGCAUUCAGAAGAGCUUAUAGAGGACUCCCGAGCAGUGGGUGACAAUUGCACAGAUGGAGAAGAGAAAGAGUUUGAGAUUCAUGCUACCAAAUUUGCACCCACCCACUUACCUACCUAUCCAACUGUUAGCACUGACCCAUCCAGGCCCCUCCUUCGGACAGCAUCUGCAAAGGAAACUUCUGCAGAGGAGGACUUUGAGCUUGGGAAGACCCUCAGAAACUUUCAAGAACCCCAGCGACUGGACGGAGAGGAUGAACUCUCCACGCCGUUACCCAGCAUUCACCUGUCCUGGGUGGGCGGCAACAGCAGUAGGCUGUUGAGAGAAUUCUGCUCGCUGGGUCACACGGCCAAGGCUCUUGUGUAUGCUAUUCUGUUUGUGAUCUUCAUAACGGCGUAUCUCUACGUCCUGCCAACAUGCAUGGCCCUCUAUCUGUUUUCUCUGUGCUGGUGGUGCAGCCAGGGUAUGAAACAACGUCUGGAUGUGGCUGUUGAUGUGGACUGAGACCAGACAGGAAGUUCUUGAAAGGUUGUUGUCAAAUUAUGUGCGACUCUGAAAUGAAAAGUGACACGAAGUGAUUCUAUGGGCCCAAAAUCACUUGAUAAAAUGAGAUUUGAUGAGGUUUCUUUCUUGUCACUUGUGUUUCCAUUAAAAGUCCCAUUUGAAACAGGAGUCUUUCAAUAUAAUACUAAACUCAAACUAGAAUAGUGGAUAUGUGCUAAUCCUGUUUUGUGAUAUAAUUAAAUCACAGAAAACAUUCUUAUAAUGUCAACGCAACAAUUGCUUUCACAGAUAUAUCUCCAUGAUAUACAGUUCCAGUCAAAAGUAUAGAUACAACAUUUUUGAGUUUUUGAUUACUCUUUUUUUUUUACUUGUUUUCCAGUAAAAAUAUCCCAAAAUUCAUAAAAGAAGAUAAGAUUACUUCACAAGCAACAGUGCAUAAGAUACGAAGACUUCUGAUUUAUAGUGCAUCGUGUAUAAGUAUAAAAUAAAAUAAAAAAAUCGGACAAAAUACACUGUUAUAAAAAAAAAAACAGUCUCUUAAUAUCAUGCAUUGUUGCUUCUUAAGGAAACUCAUCUUGUUUUAAGGAUUUUAAGAUAUUUUAACUGGAAAAUGACAAAAUAUUUUUUGCUGUAA